AUGGAGAUAAGUGGCAGCAGCGGUUACGCUUCUGCUACGCCGGUGGCGGCGGAAAUGGUAACGGAGAGCGUAUCGUUCGCAUUGAGGCUUGUGUGCAUCGUCUUCUUCUUCGGCUCGGUUUUGUUACUAUGUUACUUUAUUUACCCGAAGCUGCCGAAGGAACCAGCGGGAGACGAGGAAUCCGGAGAGCCGCUUCCUCCGGAGAUAAUACUCGUGAAGGAAUGGGAGAAAGGCGGCGGCUGCGGCGAUGACGGUGUGAUCACGACGGAGGUUUGCGUGAUCUGCUUGGAGGAUUUUCGGGAAAACGACGCCGUUAGGGUUCUGGUGAGAUGUAGGCACGUGUAUCACGUGCAAUGUAUAGAUUCUUGGUGUUUGUAUAAGUUGGCGUGUCCGGUUUGCAGAGCUCCGUUCCGGUUCUUUGGUCACUAG